UUUGGUAGAUUCUCUUCUUGUUAAUUAAUUAUCUGCUCUUCAAUUCCAUGAUCUUCAACAUAGAGAGUUUGGAUUGCUUUCUCGUUGAAGUUAUCGAUUGUGUUAUUUGCGUCAUGAAUCGGGGAUUCUAACUAAGCUGUUGGAAAAUAUGUCAUUUGAAGAAGUUCUAAAGGUUGUGUUUCCCCUGUUGGAAGGGACUGACCUUGCUUCCUGCAUGUUGGUUUGCAAGCAGUGGCAAGCAAUAGCCUUAGAUGAUUAUUUAUGGAAAUGUCAGUGUGGUAAAAGAUGGCCUUCGCUCUGCAAACGAACAUCUCCUCCUUCCACAAGCUACUACAAAUUAUUCCAGAGCUUCUACAAACGUCAGAAGAAUCGGGCAGUUCUACCACCAAGAUUCUCCUCCAAGGAUAUUGAGUUCUACAUUGAUAUUUGGGCAGAAGGAGAAUCGAUCUUCUCAGAAGUGGUCCCAGCAUCUGUCCUACAAAAUGGGCUUAAGCUCCAAUCUCGUGGAAUCAGCAACAUGCCUAGGUUGCACUUGGAUGGUCCAGAAUACAAGAUGACACUUGAAGUGGAGCCAAGGCUGAGUGUACCAGUUGACCAGGAUGUGAGAGUCUCGGUUCUUGUUGGACGCAAAGACACAAACAAAGUUGCUUGCAUUAUCAACAAUUCACUGUUUGAUUAUAUGGACCGAACUGCAUACAGGGCUCUUGCGUUUGACUAUAUCGAACUGUCCCCAUCUUACCCAUUUGUUUCUGGCAUCCGAGCAUGGAUCUCUUUGCUUUUCACGGAGAAUAGUACUGAGGAGGUUAUUAAUGUUUGUGGGAUUGAAAUGGAUUUCUGUGAUGUGGCCAAUUCUGAAGAUGAAGCGAUGUGGCUGUUAGACAUGUUAGAUUGGAAGUAAGUGAUGGAUCACAUUUGCCCAAUAACUCCAAUAACUUUUUAUUAUGGAUCACAUUUGCCCAAUAACUCCAAUAACUUUUUAUUAUUACUCAAGUAAUAAGCUUUGAAUUUCAUGUUAACGUUUUUAAUUUUUUCAAAUAAGUUCUUGCAAAUUCCAUUGA